GCUGCCUGGAGGGCGGUACCACGGUGUAGCGCGCAGCGCCGGCUCACCCCGCCCGCGGGCACCAUGCCUGGUACCCUUGCAAGGAACGCCCUGGAGCCUGCAUCCUUGGGUACCCUGGCGUACCUAGUGUUGAGGUCCCGGUGUACCGGGUCACUGUGAGGAACUGCCCCAUACAUUCAGCGCCUGGAACCGCAUUGCCAGAAAUCUUCCUGCACUGAUCGAGAAUGGGCGGCUUCGGGAAGAAGUUGAGAAGCUGCCAACGCUCAACAUUGACGAGCUGAAAGGGCACAGGUCGCAGCGCCUGGCACAUUUGGCUCUGGGGUACAUCACCAUGGCGUAUGUGUGGAACCGAGGGGACGGUGAUAUUCGAAAGGUGCUGCCCAGAAAUAUCGCUGUUCCCUACUGCAAACUCUCCGAGAAGCUGGGCCUGCCUCCCAUCCUGUCUUACGCAGACUGCGUCCUGGCAAACUGGAAGAAAAAGGAUCCCAGUGGGCCCAUGACAUAUGAGAACAUGGACAUUCUGUUCUCGUUUCCUGGUGGGGACUGCGGUAAAGGCUUCUUCCUUGUCUCUCUAUUGGUGGAAAUCGCAGCUUCUCCUGCAAUCCAAGCAGUCCCCACUGUACGCAGUGCGGUGCAGCAUCAAGACCAGGAAACACUGGGAAAGGCAUUGGGCGACAUAGCCACCAGUCUGGAGGCCGCGAAGGAAUAUUUUAAGAGGAUGCGUGACUUUGUGGAUCCAGAUCAGUUUUUCAAUGUUCUGCGCAUAUAUUUGUCUGGUUGGAAAGGCAACCCCAAGCUGGCCGAGGGUCUGCUGUAUGAGGGGGUCUGGGAUACCCCGAAAAAGUUUUCAGGGGGCAGUGCAGGCCAGAGCAGCAUCUUCCAGUGCCUCGACGUCCUUCUGGGAAUAGAGCACAGCAGUGGUGAAGGCUCUCCUGCAGAAUUCCUCCAGGAAAUGAGAGAGUACAUGCCUCCAGCCCACCGCAACUUCCUGUGCUCCUUAGAGUCCGGUCCCUCAGUCCGUGAGUUUGUCAUUUCAAGAGGCAAUGAAGACCUGCAGAAAGCAUAUAAUAAGUGUGUGAACGGCCUGGUCUCUCUGAGAAAAUUCCACCUUAACAUAGUAAGGACAUACAUUCUGGAUCCCGCAAAGAAGCAGCGCGGGGCUACUUCCAAGUCUGAAGAAUCCUCAAACGAGGAAAACAGAGGGACCGGGGGUACUGACGUCAUGAAUUUCUUGCAGAGUGUAAAGGAUGCAACUGAGAAAGCCCUUCUGAGUAGUGCUUAGUGUAGCAAGAUUGCAUUUGAUCAGUGCACAGUGAUCUGCAUACAUCCUGUCAUAGCUCAUUAAAUUAGACCCACUGAGUAAGAGUAGGGAAUGAUUUACCAAGAAGGCACUAUAUAGAUUUCAAAAUCAUCUAUGCAUCACCUGUAGGAGAAUAACAAAAGUGAACUAAUUAAUAAUAUUUAAAAAUGAUAUAAGAAAUACUGUAAGUUAUAUUGAUGAUUGGAAUGUGACAAUGAAACCACUAAAUAAAAAAAUAUUGUGAAGUGGAAUAAA